AUGACGGCGUGGCGUGGGGUCGAAUUGAAUUCGGUGAGCUCCAAACACGCAGGAAGCAUCACCAGCUUCGGCUUCAACGUCAACAACACCACGGACCAAUGUCGAACGCGCGGUAGCAUUUUUGCAGCAUCUGCUGCACACACAUCUUUGAUUACAUUCUUCUGCGGAGCUUCGGCUUCCACUAUCGCUCGGCACGAUGGCUUCCAGGCACCUUUACCUCGAUACCGCUCUAUCCGUCCAGUUCCGGGCUCGAUCAGCCGAUCCUUCGCAUCGCAAACGCCAAAAGAAUCCAGCUCCCAGGAACAGUCGAUCAAAGAACAUGCCUCCGAUUCAGCUUCUUCUAAAGGCUCCCCCUCCAACACAAGCUCCCCGUCGGCCGACUGGGAGGAUAACCCGAAUUUCAACAUUUCUCACUUCUCGGAGCUACCACACACCAAUUUUGGCGUAAAUCAGCAUAUUAUAAUAAACGACGAGUUCAAAGAGGCCUUGAGGCAGAUUCUAUGGAAAUUCAGGGCGCCUAUACGAUAUGCGUUUGCUUAUGGGUCGGGGGUGUUUCCACAGUCAAGACAGGGGGGGGGGGAGAGCGCGCUGUGCAAUGACCAUCGGUCUGCAAAUUGGGGAUCUGCGUGGGCAGUAGAGGCAAGCGCCCCUGCGUACAUUGAAAACAUGUGUAUUUUGAGGUUCAAGGGCGCCCUAUUCUCCGGAGGGGCGUUCUGUAGAGCACAAAAUCUCCAUAUUGAGUACCAUGUCGGAGAAUCCCUGGUCAAACUGAAAGCAUCUGAAAACGUAUCCGAGUCUAAGACUGAUUUCGCAGUACAGACAGGCACAUCUUCGACGACAACCUCCAUCCACUCGAAGCCUCCUCCUGCCGUCACUAAACAACAGGGUGGGACUCCAAAAAUGAUCGAUUUUAUCUUCGGUGUGUCGUAUACCGAGCAUUGGCAUUCCUUGAAUCUCAAUCAACACCGAGACCACUACUCAGCCUUAGGAUCGCUCGGCUCAGGCGCAGUAUCUGCGGUGCAGGACAAGUGGGGAGCAGGAGUGUACUUCAACCCAUUCGUGACGGUCAAUGGGACUCUGAUAAAGUACGGGGUGGUGAAUCUAGACACACUCUGUACCGAUCUCUCGGAGUGGACGACAUUGUAUCUUGCAGGGCGAUUGCAGAAACCAGUCAAAAUCCUACGCGAUGACCCUCGAGUUCGUCUCGCCAAUCAAGUUAACCUGUUAUCGGCGCUGCGAACAGCACUUUUACUUCUCCCACCCAAUUUUACGGAGCUGGAACUGUAUGGAGUGAUAGCCAAUAUCAGCUACAUGGGAGAUCCUCGCAUGGCGUUCCCGACCGAAGAUAAAUCCAAAGUCGCAAACAUUGUCGGAAACAACCUCCCCCAUUUCCGACGACUAUACUCACCUCUUAUCGAAAAUCUGCCUAACGUGAGCUUCGACGACCCGAGAUGCUCAGAUCCAGACUGGGCGGCCGACGAAACCGCAAACGUCUGCCUCGCCCAGGACAUGGACCCAGUUAAACGAGGUAACAUGGUCCGCCGCCUCCCCAAAGAUUUCAGGUCAAAGCUGUAUUUCCAAUAUCAAGAGAAAUACCAGAUUCCGCGGUCAGAAUUCAACCAGAUGCUAGAAGCGGCAAGCGACGAGAAUUCCACCAGGAUCAAUAGGCGGCAAGGAGGAGGAUUCGAACAGAAGAUUGCGAACGAGCCGCCGGAGGAUUUGAGAGAGGAGAUCAGAUAUGUGAUCAAGAAAACGAUUGGGUGGCCGAGUACGAGUCAGAGUUUGAAGGGUAUUUUGACUUCUGGGAUUGGGAGGUCGUGGAGGUAUAUGAGUGAGAAGAUGGCAAAAUACCGGGAGGGCAAACGGAAAGAUGCCGAAGCGAAAGCUGAACAAGCCAAGGAGCCUGCGGAGAAAGAGAAGAACGAAUGA